GCAUCACGUGGGCGAGUCAGGUGACACUGCGGGGCGGGUCGACAGACUGCGGGGCGGACGGUGGACCCAGGGAGGCUGUUUUAGUUUUGGCCCCGCCGCUCCGACCCCCGCCGUCUGUGCCGCCAUGACGGGGCUAGCGCUGCUGUACUCCGGGGUCUUCGUGGCCUUCUGGGCUUGCAUGGUCGUCGUGGGAAUCUGCUACACCAUUUUUGACUUGGGUUUCCGCUUUGAUGUGGCAUGGUUCCUGACUGAGACUUCACCCUUCAUGUGGUCGAACCUGGGCAUUGGCCUAGCUAUCUCUCUGUCUGUGGUUGGGGCAGCCUGGGGCAUCUAUAUUACUGGCUCCUCCAUCAUUGGGGGAGGGGUGAAGGCCCCCAGGAUCAAGACCAAGAACCUGGUCAGCAUUAUCUUCUGUGAAGCUGUGGCCAUCUACGGCAUCAUCAUGGCAAUUGUCAUUAGCAACAUGGCUGAGCCUUUCAGUGCCACUGACCCCCAGGCCAUUGGCCAUCGGAACUACCAUGCAGGCUACUCCAUGUUUGGGGCUGGCCUCACAGUGGGCCUCUCCAACCUCUUCUGUGGAGUCUGCGUGGGCAUCGUGGGCAGCGGGGCCGCCCUGGCCGAUGCCCAGAACCCCAGCCUCUUCGUAAAGAUUCUCAUCGUGGAGAUCUUCGGCAGCGCCAUUGGCCUUUUUGGGGUCAUCGUCGCAAUCCUUCAGACCUCCAGAGUGAAGAUGGGUGACUAGAUGGUCUGUGUGGGUGAGGCCGUGCCUCACUCUUAUUUAUUGCUGGUUUUCCUGGGACAGCUGGAGCUGUGCCCCUUAGCCUUUCAGGGGCUUGGUGUUCAGGGCCCUUCCUGUACUCACCACUCGCUGCCUGCCGACUUGGAGGCACUGCAGUCCAGGUUGAAUCCUCAGUGUGGGGAGAGGGCUGCUGGUGGCGACUAUGUGUGCAACUGUGCACGUGUCCCCCACCUCCACCCCCAACCCAUCUCCCCAGUGUUUGUGAAAUAAACGUGGUAUUUGUCCAGGUCA